UUGUUUCCGGCUUGGAACUGGGCCAGCGUGGCGUGUAGUUGAGUUUAAGUCCGGCCGGGGCCUCCUCCGUGUGCCGAUUUGGGUUCGUGGCUGUGCAGGCAUAGCAGCUACACAGGAAAGAUGGGAGAGGAGGCCAAUGAUGACAAGAAGCCAACAACUAAAUUUGAACUAGAGCGAGAAACAGAACUUCGCUUUGAGGUGGAGGCAUCUCAGUCAGUUCAGUUGGAGCUGCUGGCUGGGAUGGCAGAGAUCUUUGGCACAGAGCUGACCCGAAACAAGAAAUUCACCUUCGAUGCUGGUGCCAAGGUGGCUGUUUUCACCUGGCAUGGCUGUUCUUUACAGCUGAGUGGCCGCACCGAGGUGGCUUACGUCUCCAAGGACACUCCGAUGUUACUUUAUCUCAACACUCAUACAGCCUUGGAGCAGAUGAGGAGGCAGGCGGAGAAGGAAGAAGAGCGGGGCCCCCGGGUGAUGGUAGUGGGCCCCACCGAUGUGGGCAAGUCCACAGUGUGCCGUCUCCUGCUCAACUAUGCAGUGCGUUUGGGCCGCCGUCCCACUUACGUGGAGCUGGAUGUGGGUCAGGGCUCUGUUUCUAUCCCUGGUACCAUGGGGGCCCUGUACAUCGAGCGGCCAGCAGAUGUUGAAGAGGGAUUCUCUAUCCAGGCCCCUCUGGUCUAUCAUUUUGGGUCCACAACUCCUGGCACCAACAUCAAGCUUUAUAACAAGAUUACUUCUCGUUUAGCGGAUGUGUUCAACCAAAGAUGUGAAGUGAACCGAAGGGCCUCUGUGAGUGGCUGUGUCAUUAAUACCUGUGGCUGGGUCAAGGGCUCUGGUUACCAGGCCCUGGUGCACGCAGCCUCAGCCUUUGAGGUAGAUGUGGUUGUGGUUCUGGAUCAAGAGCGACUGUACAACGAACUAAAACGGGACCUGCCUCACUUUGUACGCACUGUGCUGCUCCCUAAAUCUGGGGGUGUGGUUGAACGCUCCAAAGACUUCCGGCGGGAAUGUAGGGAUGAGCGUAUCCGUGAGUAUUUCUAUGGAUUCCGGGGCUGUUUCUAUCCCCAUGCCUUCAACGUCAAGUUUUCAGAUGUGAAAAUCUACAAAGUCGGGGCGCCCACCAUUCCAGACUCCUGUUUGCCUUUGGGCAUGUCUCAGGAGGACAAUCAGCUCAAGCUGGUGCCUGUGACGCCUGGCCGAGACAUGGUGCACCACCUCCUGAGCGUUAGCACUGCUGAGGGCACAGAGGAGAACCUUUCUGAGACGAGCGUGGCCGGCUUCAUCGUGGUGACCAGCGUGGACCUGGAGCACCAAGUGUUUACUGUUCUCUCUCCAGCCCCCCGCCCACUGCCCAAGAACUUCCUUCUCAUCAUGGACAUCAGGUUCAUGGAUCUUAAGUAGAGAUGAGCAGGAAGCCUUGCUGCCUGGGACAUAGAGAUCUGGGCGCCACCAAGGGCAGAUGGGCUGUGGUAUGGGAAUCUGUUGAGCCGGCAAGUAGUGAACUAGUAGAAAGCCGUUUCUACCUCUUGAGUUUGGUGGUAACCUAACUCUUCUAAUCUUGAACCAAAUGGAAAACGAAGAGAAUAUAAUUGGUUUCUUGGGUCACCUCAGGUGCCAUUUGAAAUUCUCUGAGGCCCUGGAGCAUCCCAUUUCAGCCGCUGUACUACUUGGUGGACUAAUUUUUAGGAGGAAUUUUUUUUAAAUUAUCACUCCUUUAUAUUCUGUAUAUAGUAUUUGUUAUCCCAUUUAUCCAGGAUGAAAGAUUUAAUCAGGAGGUCUCGUUCAAAUAAAGUUUAAACUUGGAAAAUUUUAAUAAAUAGUUUUGCCAUAUCACA